CACACUUCAGUUUGAUUUUAGCACGUUGUUUUGAAAAAUCCACUUGAUCUGCUAAUGUUUUGAUAACUCCCAUCUGGAGUCAUGGCUAAUACUUAUUUCGACGAAUACGAAAACUUGGAGAUCCAUGAGCUCAUGCUGAAGGAUCGACCACGACAAGCCGCCUACUACAAAGCGAUUUUGGGAAACAAGGAUCUGUUCAAAGACAAAAUCGUAAUGGAUGUGGGGGCCGGCACUGGGAUUCUGUCCGCGUUUUGUGCGAAGGCAGGUGCCCGUUUGGUCUACGCCGUGGAGGCAUCCAAUGUUGCCACCAGAGUCGCUCUCGAUCUAAUAGAAGACAAUGGACUAACAAACGUGGUGAAGGUGAUUCAGUCCCGGGUUGAAGAAUUUGUGCUGCCAGUAGAGGCGGAGAAGGUGGAUAUCAUAGUGUCAGAGUGGAUGGGCUUCUACCUGCUGCAUGAGGGAAUGUUAGAUUCGGUUCUUCUCGCCCGGGACAAGUUCCUAAAGGAGGAUGGGCUCCUGUUUCCUAGCGAAUGCACCAUUUUCGUAGCACCCUGCUCAGUACCUUCGCUCUUCGACGAUUGGCAUAAUGUAGACGGCAUUAAAAUGGACACUUUUGCCAGAAAACUACGAACUCAAAAGUCUGCCAGGCCAGAGAUUACGCAUUUGAAGUCGGAAGACCUUCUUCACGAGGGCGUCGUCUUUCACUGGAUGAAUCUGCUUGAUGUGCAAUCUAACGAAUUGGACAGUAUUCAGUUCAAAGAGGUGGUGACUGCCCAAAAAGCGGGUAACCACCAGGGCUUUUGCAUUUGGUUUGAUGUUCGUUUUCCAGGCGAAGAUACAGUUCUGAGCACAUCCCCUCUUUCCCCGCCAACGCAUUGGAAGCAGUGUGUAGUCGUUCUUCCAGAGGAAUCCUGCGAAAAUCUGGAGGAGAAGGCUCCGGUAGCUUUUCAAAUUACCAUGAAACGCAGUGCGGGCGAUAUGCGGAAAUACAAUCUGGAAGUGGAUCUGCUGGAUCCCAACACAGAGGAGCACCCAGUGCCAUGUUCCUGCCACAUGACCAAAUGCAUUCUGACAGAAGCUCAUCUAAAGAUGAUGGACACCUCGUGAGUUCACAACGCCUGUUAUAUAAACAAAAGAACUGUGAGAAAAUCAAUUUAUUUAACAUGUUUAUUACAAAUACAAUAUAUAUCUCAGUCAAACUUAACGUCUAA